UAACAAUUGAAUUUGUUUUGUAGCACUUAUUUUGGAACAUGAUAAUCACAAUUUGAAUGGGAAUUAAAAGCGCAGGGACUGCUGAUGAUUUUUUAAGUAAAUUAUAAGGACUUAUUAGCAAACUCUCUCUCUAUCUAAAGUUAGAAACUAAAAUAAAAGCCUUAUAACUCUCGUAAUCUAAUGAGAUUUGCAACUGAUAUCAGCGAGAUUACAUUCUCUAACAUCAGAUUUUCCAUUGCCCGGUUCGGGUCUCACGAACCUAGCUCCGAACCUAAAGUAUCCUUAACCCAAACGGCUAUAUAUAUUCUCCAUCAAGCCCUUCAAGAAAACCCAAAAGAAAAAAAAACCACAACAUAACGCAAAACUGAUCUUCCCUGUUCCUGAGAUGAAGAUGGAAUCUUCUUCGAUUUCGAUUCUGUCGCUGGUGGUGUUCCUCCUGUUUACAGUGUCUCAGGCCAGAGAGAUUCUUGUCGGGGGUUCGGAAAACUCGUGGAAGGUUCCGGAAUCUUCCAACGACACUCUCAGCCAUUGGUCUGCCACUAACAGAUUCAAAGUUGGAGACGUUCUUGUGUGGAAAUACGAUCAGAAGAUAGAUUCGGUGUUACAGGUGACAAAAGAAGAUUUCGACAGUUGCAACACUUUGAAACCGAUCAAAGAACACAAAGAUGGGAACACAAAGGUGGAACUUGUCGAGUCUGGUCCUCAUUUCUUCAUCAGUGGAGCUCCCGGGAACUGUGGCAAAGGAGAGAAGAUGAUGGUCGUUGUUAUCUCCCCCAACCACCCUCCCCCUAAGUCCGGCGACCGUACUGUUUCUCCGGCUAAAUCUCCGUCUCAUUCCCCGGGUUCGGCGCCGGCUCCGGCUCCGGCUAAGAGCUCCGCCGUGGGGAUGGUCGGACGUGGGUUCUGGUCUGCUGCUGGUCUUGGUGUUGUGAUGGGCCUUGCUUUGGUUUAGAGAGGGAGAGAGAGAGAGGCUUUUGUCGUUUUAAAUUUACUAGUUUUAGUUUUUGAGUUGUGGUCUUGUUGCUAUUUUCUGUUUUAUUUUCUGGUUUUUCAAUUUGCAAAUGUUUUUUUUUUAAUUGGGAUUCAGAGGUUUUAAUAUAUGUUGUUUUUUA